CUUUAUAAGGGAAUUAAUUAUUAUUAACAUGAGUUCGAAGCGAAAGUAAGUAAAAUUAGAUUCAGAGAAAAAGGUGAAGCAGGAGGAAUCAAAUUAUGAGGAUUCAUUCAAUGAGUCUAAUGAUGAAGAACCUAAGAGUACUGGGAAACAGAAAACUAGACAUGACAAUUCAUUAUCUGUACUCACAAAAAAGUUUGUUGAAUUAAUAAGGAAUUCUGAAGAGUUGACAAUAGAUUUGAAUGUAGCAGUCAAUGAUUUAGGAGUUUAAAAAAGAAGAAUUUACGAUAUUACAAAUGUUUUAGAGGGAAUUGGUUAUAUUGAGAAAAUUUCUAAAAACAAGAUCAAAUGGGUUGGAGCCACAGAUGAUCCUUAGUUAGAAACUGAGUUACGUUAAAUAAAAUAAGAAUUAGAUGCCUUAUAAGAUGAAGAGAAAACAAUUGAUUAUUGGAUAGAGUACUUGUAAAAGAAUUUGUAAGAGAAGUUCUAAAGUGAUCCAGAGGUAGCUAAGUAUACAUUUCUUACUCAUGAUGACUUUAAAGAAUUAUCUAAGAGUCAACAGACUGAUCACAAAGGAGAGGCGCUAUUUAUUAUAACAGCGCCAAAAGGAACUUCUGUUGAAACUCCAUAAGAAAAUAAUCCUGAAUACCCUUAUUAGGUAUACUUAAAUAGUUCCAAAGUAUAAGGAUAAAAUAAUGAAAUUUAAGUGUAUAUUUGUUCUGAUGAGAACUAUCCGAUAGAAUACGAGAAGAAGUAAAAAUGAC